AACCCUCUCCUCCCGGAAGAGAAUCACUACUGGAAAAAAUGUCAUCUUUGAUACUAGCGAGAAGAUCGUCGCGAAACCCUAACUUUCGACGCCACUUCGCGACCUGCUUUUUAUCGUCUGAUUCUCACCAUCUCUCCCCUUCAAACCACAGGCUCGCCGUUCUUGCUUCUGGGCACGCUUUAUCGGGGAACAGUAUCACUGGGUCUUCGUCGGUGAAGUUUCCAUAUGGGUCGGAUUCGGGCCUCCUCAGUUCAAUCGGUUGCCGCCUGUUUGGUUCUCCGGCCGCAGCCUCCGCCGCAGAACCAUCCACCUCCGACGGCCUCACUGUUGAAGGCAUUAUUGCCAACGAGUGGACGAUUCUUGAGGAGAGUGAGAGUGAUUGGAAGAGCCACGCCUCUGCCAUUGCUCGGUCCAUUCAUCUAAUCAAGAAACGGUUACAGUGGAAGAAAUUGAGAGUCAGGCUGGAAUUGUUAUCAUUACAAUUAGAUAAGCCGGAUCUAUGGGACGAUCCUGUCCAUGCUGGGAAGAUAAGCCGUGAGCACGGCUCACUCUCGAGCAAGAUGAAAGACUUGAAGGCAUUUGAGGAAGAAUUGCUCGAGCAUAUUGACAUGAUUAACCUGGCUCGUGAAGAGAAUGAUGCAGAUCUGGAAUUGGAAUCAGUGAAAGCUUUACUUGAGAUGAGAAGAGGUGCAAAAGAGAAAGAGCUUGAGGCUUUGUUGGCUGGGGAGCAUGAUUGUUGCUCUUGUUUUAUUGAGGUUCAAGCUGGUGCUGGAGGUACAGAGAGCAUGGAUUGGGCUUCAAUGGUGAUGAAAAUGUAUAAAAUGUGGGCUCAACAGCAUGGAUAUGGAGUGACUGUCGUGGACGAGAUGCCUGGUGAGAUAGCUGGAAUUAAGCGGGCUACAAUCAAAGUUGACGGUGAGUAUGCAUUUGGGUAUGCCAAAGCAGAGGUAGGAGUCCACAGGUUGGUACGCAUUUCGCCGUUUGAUAGUGCCAAACGCCGGCAUACUUCAUUUGCAGCUGUGGCUGUAAUACCAAUCUUGGGCAACACAUCGACCCAUGUUCAAAUUAAUGAAUCCGAUCUCAGAAUUGAACGGUUCCGAGCUGGGGGAGCCGGUGGCCAGCACGUAAAUACAACUGAAAGUGCUGUGAGAAUAACCCACAUUCCUACAGGGGUCACCGCAACCUGCCAAAAUGAAAGGUCACAGCAUCAAAACAAGGCUUCUGCGAUGGCGGUUCUUCAAGCCCGCCUCGACCAGCUUGAGAUGGCUCGCCAGGCUCAGAUGAACGCGCAACAUACACAAUCGCUCACAGAAAUCAGUUGGGGCAACCAGAUUCGCACUUACGUGCUCCAUCCUUACCAGAUGGUCAAGGAUCUUCGAACCAACCAGGAAGUUUCAGAUCCCGACUCUGUCCUGGAAGGGGACAUUGAUAACUUCAUCUUGAGCUUCCUGUCUGCAGCCUUGGAUAGAGAUGAAGAAGAUGGUCGAUGAGAUGAGAAGCGCCGCCCAGUCUUGUGAGAAUGAAACUCUCUUUUAUCUAUAUUAACUGUCCGUCCGUCCGUCUUUUUGGCGGAAGUUGUUCAUGCUGCUGGUGCGUGUGCUCCUCUUCUAAUUCUAAGCACAGGCAAAGGAGAUGAAAGGAGGAAGGAGGAGUUGCAGCAGAAAUAUCAACAUAAUAAUCUAUUCUUUCUUUGCCAUAAAUCCUAAAUCCUAACUUUAUAUACGGUCGCUAUCUUUUGAGGAAUUUCAUUGUAUGAUCAACCUACCUAUCUUUUUUGACAGACAGUCUCUCUCUCUUGCUCUCGUCUUUGUACAUACAAGGUGGUUUUAGGAAGGAAGAGCCCCGGGUGGUUGUUGUUGUCCAUUACUACUAGAGGAGGAGGAGGAGGUUGUUGUUUUUGUAUGCAGUCUUGACUAUAAUAAUAAUAUAUUUAAUUAGUCAAGAAUUGAAU